AUGGGAUACAUGAUCAUCAGCUUUGUUAAAAAUGGGCGUAUGCUCUCUGAUACGUGGGGAGAAUAUCUCUUAACGGACAAGACUCGAAGACAUACUCUUUUCAGUGAUAUCGCGAAGAUCAUGAUUGAACUGAGUCGAAUACAAUUUCCACGUAUUGGAUCGUUAAGUUUGGAUGACGAUGGCCUGAUCAAAUUAACGAAUCGUCCCCUUACAUUGCGACUCCAGACUUUAGAGAAUGAAGGGAUUCCCACGAUACCUAGGAGCUCUACGUUCCAAUGUGUGGAACCCUAUAUUCUAGACCUUUUACAUUGUCACGACAAUCGCAUACACUAUCAGCCCAAUGCUAUCCAUGACCUGAAUGAUGGGCAGGAGCAGCUAGCCGCUUUGACUAUGAUGAAGGGUCUUUUGCCGCAUUUUAUUUCCAGCCAAUAUCGUGACGGCCCAUUUAUUCUUUCACUCACUGAUCUCCAUCCAAGCAACAUUUUUGUCGAUAACGAUUGGCACAUCACAUCCUUGAUUGACUUGGAAUGGGCCUGCAUUUUCCCAAUCGAACUACAAACACCACCCUACUGGUUGACUGGUCGACCUAUCGAUGAUAUUGAGAAUGGCGAGCAUCUUCAAAAGUUUCAAGAAGUUAUGGUUGAAUUUAUAGAUGCGUUUGACGAACAAGAACAAAGACUUCGCAGGUCCGCCCCCACCCAGGCCGAGAUCAUGAGGGAAUGCUGGGACAGAGGAAGCUUCUGGUAUUUCCAAGCGCUCCACAGCCCGAAAGGUCUUCUUCGUGUGUUCAACGAGCAUAUCCAGCGCAUAUUUUGUGAAGAACAUUGCACUCAGCGGAUCUUUGAUCGGACAGUUAGCCCAUACUGGACCACAAAGGCGGAAGACUUCAUUCAAGCGAAACUAUGGCAAGAGACGGAGUAUAAGGAUCAAGUGAGGAAGCGAUUCAGUGCAGCUGACCGAACAUGUACAUUCGAGUAA